GAUUACAGACCGUCGUCAUACCCUGUCCGAAUACGAAUUACACCGUGUUUCACCUACCGCUUUGGGACAGUUCGAUAGGUAGAGGUACCAAUGCCAGGGCGUCUGGGAGCUCGUCACCGUGGGCCGCGUCUGGGAUACACCAAGUCUCGUACCGGCUGCUUGAGAUGUAAACAACGCCGAGUCAAAUGUGACGAGAAUAAACCUUGUAAGGCGUGCCAACGUCACGGCGUCCUAUGUAGUUUGGUAAUGGCGGGAGAAACGGGAGCUAGCGGCUCUACAGCCGGGCCAAACUCAACCGGCUCUACGUCCUGGCGGGCCGGCUCCGGCUCCGGCUCCGGCUCCGGGCCCGGCACUAUUCCAACAACCGGCAGCGGCGGCACCUCUAGUCUUAUUGCCCCAUUCAACACCGGCCCCACUUCUGGCCCCGGAUUCCGCCCUAUAUCCGGCCCUAUAUCCGGCCCCCUUAAUCCUUUCCGCCCAAUAACCGGCAGCGCUAGCAAUCCUAUCGGCCCAUCCGGCACCGGUCCCGCCUCUGGCUCCGGGCCUGGCUCCGGUCAAAAUUUCCUCCCAAUAUCCGGCACCGCUCCCGCCUAUGGAUCUGGGUCUGGCCCCGGGUCCGGCUGCGGUCGAACUAUCCUCCCCAUACCCGGCACCGCUCCCGCCUCUGGCCCCGGCUCCUUUCUUCCACAAACCGGCAGCGCUGGCAACCCUUUCACCCCAGCCUCCAGCGCUUACUCAAAGUCCCCAGCAGGAUUCCAUCAGGCUUUCGGAUCCGGGAUACAUAUGAGCAAUCAAGACAGCCGCCACUCUUCCGCUUCAGCAUCUCAUGACGAGACAAACUUCAACGCCCUCCCUACAGCCAACCGUCACACCCCCAUGGCUAUCCAAUCGCUCACCAACCCUCCAUACCCAACUCCUCCAUCGGUCGAGGUCACUGGCCCCUCCCCAGCCGGUUUAUACUCACCCACAAGCCCUGCAUGGCAAUUGCCCCUUCCAAAUAACUUCCCAGGAACCAGUUCCCACCUCUCAGCCGGCGCUUCUCAAUCCCCAACCCCUCAAUCUCGCUCCCGCCAUCCCUACCCCUUGCGGCCGAGUCCCAUGUCAACUGAACCAUCCAAGAGAAAUACUCCCGACGAUCCCUUCCCCUACCUUACCCAAGCUCUCACAAAUCCCAAAUUCAGGUUUCUCGACUCCCCCUCCGACUCGGAUCUCGCCUCCCAGGUCUUUGCGGCUCCGGACUUCGAACUCUUUGACCACUACGUCGACAUCACUUACGGAACUUUAACACGAGGAGUACACGAACACAUCUGGAAGAUCGAAGUGCCCAAGCUAGCCUUUUCACACCCAUUUUUGAUGCACAACCUCCUGUCCACUGCUGCUUUCUACCUAGCGUAUACGGAACAGGAUGAAGAAAAAAGGAAGAAGUGGGCUACCGACGGCAGUAAACAUUUCAACUUGGCGGUAACAGGAAUGAGGGAAGUCCUGCGCAAGGAGGGCGUCACGCCGGAAAACUGCCAUGCCGUUUUCGCUUCCAGUUCGCUGUUGUUCAUUGGAGAUUUAGCGGACAAGGGGCCGUUUUUCAAUCCGGCCGACGACAUCGCACAAGGAGUAACAAAAUGCCCUCUGAUCGACGAGUUGCUAGGUGUUUUUCGCGUGGUCAAAGGUAUCGGUGGUAUCGUUGGUGCCCAGGAAGCCCUCCUCCGCGAGGGCCCUGUGGGCGGGCUGUUCAAUGCUGAACCCAGUGGGGAAGAUCACCCUAACAUGGAAAGACUGCUGAUGCAGCUCAAGGGACUGUACCAGCGUGUUGCGAGUAUUACAUCCAGGCGUCCUGGAGUCUUUCUUCCCCCUACAAAACUUGAGGAUACCCCACGGCCGAGCAACCUCCCAAAGGAAAACCAAACUAUCCUAAGCGAGAUCACAGCCAUGGAGGAUUCUAUUCAAUUUGCAUUGACCAAGUCCAAAACACCUGAGCAAUCAAUCAUUGCGGUUUGGCCGAUCAACAUGACUGAUGACUUUAUGAGGUUGUUGCAAAAGUCGAAUGUGCCUCCACAACAACAUGCACCACAGCCAUCCACUUCCGCCUCCAGCUCUUCCACAUUGCCACCGCCAGGGGGACGGAACCCGAUCGCGUUGGCUUUGCUAGGAUAUUAUUGCUGCGUCAUGAAGGAGACGGAGCGUGAGUGCUGGUUCACCAAGGGUUGGGCGGAGGCAGUGAUCAAGGAGGUAAUAGCCGAGUUGGAGGAGAUGGCAGGGGUGACUACCAAUACCUCUGGGAACGGGAGCGGGAGCACAGCGUCGGAGGUUCAGGGAGGGCAUCACGACCAGGGCCAGACGAUGGUUAACAGACCAGUAUGGAGGGAGUGGGCGAGGAGAGAGUGGUUGGAGGAUGCGAAGUGGGCCAGGAAGUGGAUUAUGACAAAGCAAGAGGAAAUGCCCAAGCCAACAACAUUCUCGGAGGACCCUAUGGCGGACAUGGAUGCCACUUUGAUGUCAACUCAAGGUCAGCGACCGGGCGCGGAUGCCCCCAAGGUCACAAAGGGGAGCGUGGGGAGUAGCCAAGCAGGCAGGAAUCAAUGGAGUCGCCAAUGGGCCACUAUGAUGGAUACUCAGGGUCAGCAACCGGGCGCGGAUGCCACUAUGAUGGAUACUCAGGGUCAGCAACUGGGCGCGGAUGCCCCUAUGAUGGAAAGUCAAGGUCAGCAACAGGAUGCCCCUGUGAUAGAAACUCAAGGUCAACAACCGGGCGUGCCCGAACCCGCGCCAACAACAUCCUCGGAUCAUUCGGAUGUCCCUAUGACGGGAACCCAAGGUCAGCAACCGGGCGCCGACGCCCCUGUGACGGAUACUCAGGGUCAGCAACCGGGCGCCGACGCCCCUGUGACGGAUACUCAGGGUCAGCAACCGGGCGCGGAUGCCACUAUGAUGGAUACUCAGGGUCAGCAACCGGGCGCGGAUGCCCCUAUGAUGGAAAGUCAAGGUCAGCAACAGGAUGCCCCUGUGAUAGAAACUCAAGGUCAACAACCGGGCGUGCCCAAACCCGCGCCAACAACAACCUCGGAUGUCCCUAUGACGGGAACUCAAGGUCAACAACCGGGCGUGCCCGAACCCGCGCCAACAACAUCCUCGCAUUCCUCGGAUGUCCCUAUGACAGGAACCCAAGGUCAGCAACCGGGCGUACCCGAAGCGCAGGCAGCCACGGGGGCGUCGUAGGAGAACGUCGGUACUGCUACCCCUGCGGAAGAGGCAAGAAACUAUUUGGACAGAUGGUUUGAUAUGGAUGCCUAUAUUAUGGCAACUCAAGGUCAACCACCGGGCGUGUCCGAAGCGCAGGCAUUCACGGGGGUGUCGAAGGAGAACGUCAGUAAUACCGCUGCUUCUUCCCCUGUGGAAGAAGAGGCAAGAACCGCUUUGGACAGAAUGUCUUUGUCGCCCCCUGAUCAUCCUCCAGCCCAGCAUCCCCCUACUGUCAAUGAGCCUGAGCGUGCGG